AUGCGGACCUUUCUGAAGUGCCUGCUGAAAGGAGUUGCCGACCCCGUGCCUGGACACUGCAGGCCUGCGCACAAGUUUCCGAGUGAGCCCACAUUGCGCAAGCUGUGGAUUCGCGCGGCCCGUCCUUCCCAGCCAGCAUGGAAGCCCACCAAAGGCGAUUGUCUUUGCAUGGAACACUUCGAAGACGAGGACUACAAGACGAGCCCAAAGUUACUGCAGAGUCUGGGCUUGCCUGUAAAACAGGCCUAUUUGAAGCCUGGCAUGGUGCCAUCGCUCUUCACACGAAAAUGCAAGCGAGAGCGGCACAGCGGUGCUGUGGAAAAACGGCGACGCAAAGAGAUAAUUGACGAAUUAAUGAAGGCACCGGCACAAGCAACGGCCACACUCAUCGCUGAAGAGGUCAGCACAUCGUCAACCCCUUCUGCUGACGACACAGAGCAAGGUCCUGACUCUGGACAUGAACCAAUGCACGAUGCAAGUGCUGGCAUCGAAAAACCUUUUUCGAGCUCAGCCUCCUCCAUCAGUAAUGCCAAACAGGCUCCUGACCUUCGGACCGCUGCUACGCAGACCUCGGGCAUCUACAGAAAUCAAUGCAUACAAGUCACCAUGAAGACUUCAUCACGACAGUCCCAAACAAGUCCUGUCCUCGUGACACCACAAUGCUCCUCACCAAAUCAUGUCCCCCAGGCUCCAUUGGAUUGGAUGUUGCCUGAAGGGCUGACGCUGUCGCCACAGCCGCCAGAGCCCAGACAACCAGCUCUACCACCAGACCCACCACAGCUGCCAACAAUAGACAAUGAGCUCCCCUCUGACGCUAGCUUUCUCAUGAUGAUGUCCGGCACCGGCUUUCUGAGGGAUGCACAACAGAACACCGCAUGUGACAGCGCACUCAGUCAGCAUGAGAGCAGCAAAAGCAUCGACUACGUCUCGGAACGAAAGUUUAUUGUUUUCGAGUCUUGUUUGGACGAGCUACUGGAAUGUGCAACAAUGGCCACCAACACACCUGGACCAGCCAACCACCAGUGAAUAGGAGGGCCCUAGGCAAUGUGCUCCUAGCUGCAGCAACACUCUUCUCUGGGAGCAUCGUCAAAAAAGUGCUGAGGCUCCUCCGCCAGAUGGGCGUGCCCUGUUUCUCGUACGAGACAUACUUCAAGAUUCAGGGUGCCUUCCUUCUACCAGCAAUCAGACAGGUCGCUCUUGAGAAGGCAGCUCCUCGGCAGCCAAACUGUGCUUGUUGAAUGCUACGAGGGGAACAAGACCUGAACAGGCAGGGGUCUAUGCGACCUAAACUUCCAGGUGUGGAACAGGAAACAAAACGAGCUCUUUGAGCAAGCAAGUGGACGAGAACUGGUCCUCGCUGGUGAUGGGCGGUCAGACUCCCCCGGGCACUCAGCGAAAUAUGGAACGUACACCGUUGUUGACGUGUCAACGAACAAGGUUCUCCAUGUGGAAACAGUGCAGUCCAACGAAACAAAGGGCAGCUGGGCAAUGGAGCUCAAGGGCCUGAAAAGGACUCUAGUGAUUUGUGAAGCCAAUGGAUUGACUGUGGGAGGAAUCAUCACUGAUCGCCACUCCAUGAUCAAGUCAUUCCUUGCCAAGUGGUACCCCCAGAUUCGGCACAUGUUCGACUGCCGGCACGUUGCAAAAGGCAUCAAGAAGCGCUUGGUCUCAGCUGGAAAACUCAAGUCCCUUGUGGGACUCCAAGACUGGGUGGAGGCAAUCGUCAAGCACCUUUAUUGGUGUGCGGAAUCGAGCAAUGGAGCGCCGGAGGAGAUCCUUCCAAAGUGGACUUCCCUGGUGGGACACGUGGCUGACUUGCACGAACAUGCCAACCCCCUGUAUCCAAGGUGCCAGCACGGAGACCUGGGGAAGAAAAAGCAGCUUCCUGAGGGCAAGUAGACCACAGCAUAUUAACAGUGUUGUCAUGUUAGUGUUUCAUACCAAGUGAUGCUGUGAAGUAUACACCAACUCAUGUUUACAAACAGGUCCGGCCACUAGCAGUGCCACACAUUGCGCAAUGAGAUGUGGGCAGACGUGCUGGCGUCUGCAGUAGUAAUUGUUCUAAAGCAAAAAGUCUAAAACAGAUUUUGCCUUGCACGCACGCUUGUCAAAGCCUUAUGAUUAUCUACUUCGAAUCUUUUAUAAGAGGAAGGCCAGCGCUCGUGGACCAUAGAAUUACACUUUCAGUGUUCUCCUCGAUGCUUGGGUAAUUAAGAGAAAGGUCUAUUGGGACGCUGUCUGCUUUUGUGUGCUAUCAAUACCCGGCCGAUUGAGUCAAGGCAAUCCGCUUUCCAAAGACGUUGCCAUGCCGACAAUUAUCGCGUUCAUUUAGGCUUAGGAAUGGCCAGAAUGGAAAGACUAUCUAAAGAAUGCGUCGAGGUCAUUGCUCAUGCUUUGCGAUUUAAGUGAGGUAAGGCAAAGCGAAAGCCUCCUGCACCAUUCGUUGCUGACUAUUGCGCCCGAUAUUGCAGCUACAACGACUUAUUAGUUUCAAUAGCUCAAUUGUGGCAUCUACGUGGCUGAGUUGAUCCCGAGAGAGGCUUAUGCGCUCGAUCAAAAUCUCUAAAUCAUCAAUGGCUGCCGGAGUCAGCUGAAAUAAUUCUUUUGCCUCGCUGAGGAGUUUCGUUACUUGCGUUUGCAGGGUCUUCCGUUUCUUCUUGAGGAUGUCCAUGAUCUUUCAGUCUUGUCUCGAUGGAAUGUUGCUUGCUUCUGUCGUUCGUAUUGCUUCGGUCUACCAGAUUUCCUUUGUUGACUCGUUACGUCUCGGGUUUCAGCAUUAAAUGCAGGAACUUCUGGUAGUCAUCGUUAGUUACGUUGAAGCAAACAUUUAUUUACACUAUGCGCAAGCAACAAAGCAGUUCGAUCUGACGUGUCAAUCUGAUCAGUUCCGAGCACGAGCCCCGGGCCCCGCGCUCCCCGGCCACCAGCUCCUUGCC